CGCGUUGCCGUGGGCGUGGCCUGGGCCGCUCCGGUGAGCGCAGCGCUGGGACGGCGCCCCCCGGCCCCGCCCCGCCGUGACCUCAGCGCGCCCACCGGCACCGCGCCGUGACGCAGACUUGGAUCUUCCAUUUAAUAAACAAACAUGAGUCAUUUGAAGCUGUUUGCAGCCAUGGUGAAGUGGCAUGGCAUUAAAACUCUGCGAAAGCCAGACGUAACUGGAAGGGUGUUCUCCCAUGGCCGACGCUAUGUCUCAUCAGGAAGCUCAGAGCCAUUCCUGAGUGGAAGUAAUUCAAGUUAUGUGGAGGAAAUGUAUUACGCGUGGCUUGAAAACCCUCAAAGUGUACAUAAGUCCUGGGAUUUGUUUUUCCGUAAUGCGAAUGCUGGCCAAACGUGUGACCCUCAUCUACCAGACCAGUUGGAAAGAAAAGCAUCAUUUCUUCAGAGCCAGGGCCUGGCCCAAACACCAGGGAAAGCUGAAAAAGUUGUUGAAGAUCAUCUUGCUGUUCAGUCUUUGAUAAGAGCGUACCAAAUCCGUGGCCAUCAUGUGGCUCAGCUCGAUCCUCUUGGGAUUCUGGAUGCAGACCUGGAUUCGUUUGUUCCAUCUGACUUAAUCACUACAAUCGAUAAACUCGGGUUUUAUGGCUUGCAUGAAUCAGAUUUGGACAAAGUCUUCCAACUACCUACAACCACCUUCAUAGGAGGAAAUGAGAACAGUCUUUCUUUACGAGAGAUCAUCAGACGGCUGGAGAAUACUUACUGCCAACACAUUGGCUUGGAAUUUAUGUUCAUCAAUGAUGUGGAGCAGUGCCAAUGGAUCCGGCAGAAGUUUGAGACACCAGGUGUUAUGAAGUUUACAAAUGAGGAAAAAAGGACUUUGUUGGCACGGCUGGUGCGCUCAAUGAGAUUUGAGGACUUCCUUGCUCGCAAGUGGUCUUCCGAGAAGAGAUUUGGUUUGGAAGGAUGUGAAGUAAUGAUUCCUGCACUUAAGACAAUCAUUGAUAAAUCCAGUGAAAUGGGAAUUGAAUACGUCAUCAUGGGGAUGCCUCAUAGAGGUAGGCUGAACGUAUUGGCUAAUGUCAUCCGAAAAGAGCUGGAACAGAUCUUCUGUCAGUUUGAUCCCAAACUUGAAGCAGCUGAUGAGGGAUCUGGAGAUGUAAAGUAUCAUCUGGGAAUGUAUCAUGAGAGGAUUAACAGAACAACAAACAAGAAAAUCACUUUAUCCCUGAUGGCUAACCCUUCCCACUUGGAAGCAGUUGAUCCUGUUGUGCAGGGGAAGACAAAGGCUGAACAAUUUUAUCGAGGGGAUACCGCAGGGAAAAAGGUUAUGUCCAUACUAUUACAUGGGGAUGCUGCCUUUGCAGGACAAGGUGUGGUUUAUGAGACGUUUCAUCUUAGUGACCUUCCGUCUUACACCACAAAUGGAACUAUUCAUGUUGUUGUCAACAAUCAGAUUGGCUUCACCACAGACCCCCGUAUGGCACGUUCGUCUCCAUAUCCUACUGAUGUUGCUCGUGUGGUCAAUGCUCCCAUUUUCCAUGUGAAUGCUGAUGACCCCGAAGCAGUGAUGUAUGUGUGCAGUGUUGCUGCAGAAUGGCGAAACACAUUCAACAAGGAUGUGGUUGUUGACUUAGUUUGUUACCGUCGUAGAGGGCACAAUGAAAUGGAUGAACCAAUGUUCACCCAGCCCCUAAUGUACAAGCAGAUUCACAAGCAGGUGCCAGUGCUGAAAAAAUAUGCUGACAAACUGAUCGCCGAUGGGACUGUAACACUGCAGGAAUUUGAGGAAGAAAUUGCAAAGUAUGAUAGAAUAUGUGAAGAAGCAUAUACUAGAUCUAAGGAUAAUAAGAUUCUACACAUUAAACACUGGCUUGAUUCACCUUGGCCUGGAUUCUUUAAUGUGGAUGGAGAACCCAAGAGCAUGUCCUGUCCUCCUACUGGCAUUUCAGAAGACCUGCUGACUCACAUUGGCAAUGUAGCUAGUUCAGUGCCAGUCAAAGACUUCAAAAUACAUGCAGGACUCUCCCGGAUUUUGAAAGCCCGCUCGGAAAUGACCAAGAACAGAGUUGUUGACUGGGCCCUGGCGGAAUACAUGGCUUUUGGCUCUUUUCUGAAAGAAGGGAUUCAUGUCCGUUUGAGCGGACAAGAUGUAGAGAGGGGUACGUUUAGCCAUCGCCAUCACGUGCUUCACGAUCAAGAAGUUGACAAAAGAACGUGUGUUCCCAUGAACCACCUCUGGGAGCAGCAGGCCCCCUAUACUGUGUGCAACAGCUCCCUUUCCGAAUAUGGAGUCUUAGGUUUUGAACUUGGCUUCGCUAUGGCAAGUCCGAAUGCCCUGGUGUGCUGGGAGGCCCAGUUUGGUGACUUCCACAACACGGCGCAGUGUAUAAUAGACCAGUUCAUCAGCUCAGGGCAGGCUAAGUGGGUUCGUCACAAUGGGAUUGUUCUGCUCUUGCCACAUGGCAUGGAAGGAAUGGGUCCAGAGCAUUCAUCAGCCAGGCCUGAAAGGUUUCUGCAGAUGAGCAAUGACGAUCCUGAUGCUUAUCCAGAGCUCACCGAACAGUUUGAAGUUUCCCAGCUGUAUGAAUGCAACUGGAUUGUGGUGAAUUGUUCAACUCCAGCCAACUACUUUCAUGUCCUCAGAAGGCAGAUCUUGCUGCCAUUCAGGAAACCGUUAAUCGUUUUGACACCCAAGUCACUGCUGAGGCAUCCAGAAGCUAAAUCCAGUUUUGAUGAAAUGGUGUCAGGUACCACUUUUCAACGUGUGAUUCCGGAGAAUGGACUGGCAGCUCAAGCACCACAUGAGGUCAAGCGAGUGAUUUUCUGCACAGGAAAAGUGUAUUAUGAUCUUGUGAAAGAGAGAAAGAAUCAAGACUUGGAGAAACAAGUAGCUAUAACCAGACUUGAGCAGAUCUCACCAUUCCCGUUUGACCUGCUCAAAGAAGAACUUGAAAAGUAUCCAGGCGCUGAUCUAGUUUGGUGUCAGGAGGAACACAAAAACAGUGGAUAUUACGAUUAUGUCAAACCUCGUUUCCGCACUAUUGUGAACCACACUCGACCUAUUUGGUAUGUUGGCCGAGAGCCUGCUGCUGCGGCUGCCACAGGCAACAAGAACACACAUCUGGUGUCACUCCGAAGGUUCCUGGAUACAGCUUUCAACCUAGAGGCCUUUGAGGGAAAGACAUUCUAACUGCAGGACACUGACUCAUCUCUAUCUACAACUGUCUCAAAUUUCAGCAGCCAAAUGAAGAAUUAAAAGUGAAUGGGAGAAAUGCUGGAAAUUAUGUAAGGAUCCAGCAGCUAACAUCAUUACUGUACACUUUUCUCUCAGUUUCUAAGAAAAAAAAACAAAACAAAACCCUCUAAAAAAGCAAUUUCCACCAUUCUGUGUCACUUUUCUAUUUAGACUGGGAAGUCUUUGGGACUCUGAUUGCAGACUGGGCAUUUUCAAAUCACUAUAAGUUGGGCAGGCAUGGACAGCAUGAUGCAACUGUGCACAUCCCCAAAAAAGAGGAAAGUGAGUUUGGAAGCCAUUAAAGAAACAAGAUGCAUGAUUUGACAGCAAUUUCUAGACAUAAUGGAGAAGAGUAAUGAAACCAAAAAGCAAAGAUGCUGCCAUGACACUGAUGGAUUAUGGAUUACUUAGGUAUGGAAAUAUACUGGGUGUGGGCACUAGAAGGAGAUGGUAAGCUGAUGUGACGAGGCUCGAAGCAGGGAGUCAGGGCUACGAAGUCAGUUAACUGUGGGUGAUUAAAGAAGUGGUGUGGAUUAUUUGGAUAUAAGAUAGAGGCACCACAAUGAAGCUGACCUCAGCUGUCAGAGCAGUGGCACCCCUACAGGAUGAGCUGAGCACCCCUACAGCUGAGCAGCAAAGUGGCAGAUAGAUGAAUUCAAAGUAAGAGAUGACAGCACCAAUUGCUUCCAUUCCUUUGGGUGUCUGAUUCGAUGCCUUACGGUAUGUAGGAAACUGGGGGGUCCUGUGAAUAUCCUCAUUUUGGAUGACUUCCUUCCCUUGUCAGGUGCCCUGUUCCAUCCGCUCCAGGAGAAGGAGGGUGAGCCUUUUGGCUGCAGAUUCUGCAAGACUACAGCCUGUGUAAUGGCAAGAGACUUUGUCCUUCUGCAGAAUGGCAGAGGGAACUGCGCUGUUAAGAAAAUAAGGGGUGUGGCAGGAAUCAGAGGAAUGGCUGUGCCUGCACUGGGGCAGGAAACAACAGCAAGCUGCGUGAGGGCCCCCUGACCCUGCAGUGCCUGAGGGUUGUGCUUGAUCUAUUCAUAACAAGUGACUGGAAAACACAUAGAGUAGACCUCCGUUUCCAAUUCCCUGUCCUGAAUGUUCUCCUGGGACAUGCUCUUGUUCCUGGAAGUAAGUUCUACCCUACCAUUGCUGUAUUGGCUGUGACAUAAUGAGGCUUGACAGUUUAUGCUUGAUGGAAAUAGUCAAGUGAUGCUGAAAAGCAUCUUGUCAAAGUAAAAAGCUCUAUUAAAAACUUGGAGCUGUGAUCACAAGCAGGAUACCAAAAGAGGAUGUGCACCUCAUGCUGUCCCUUCACUUGGAUUGGAGAUAGUGUGGUAAAAAUAGAAUAUACUCUCAUAUCAGAGCGUAAAAUCAGUGUGCUAAGGUGCUUUCAUGGGAUCCAGAACCCAACUUAGUCUAAUGUUUAUGAAAAAUCAGUGGCAUCCUUUUAAAUCAGGCUGGUUGCCUUGGGCUUUCUUCUGUCAUUGAAGCUAAUUCAAUCAUUUGAAACCUAAUGAACUUGGAAAAUACUGCGGUUGACAGCAGUGAAGAUGGUCUCCUGUCCAUUUCUGCAGUUCAAAACAUGACGCUGAUAAGCUGUAACCAUCGCCCAAAGUAUUUUAAUGCUGCUAUGAAUCCGUGUUUUUGUGGCAAUAAUUGAAUGUGCCUAAAUAUCGCUGGCACUGUUCAUUGUGCUCUCAGUCUGCGUAAAGCAGGUCAGUGCUGCAUGAGAUAUGAUAAAUGCACUUAGGCCGCAGCAUAUGCAGAGGUAGGAAACAAAAUUAACAUAGAAAUGUAAGCAGUGAAUGGCAGGUUUCCGUUUUCAUUGUGUAUCACAGAUCGUGGCAUAACAGUUGCAUAAAAAUUCCAUCAGAGAAUGUAAAAAUAAAACAAACCAAGCCGAAUCAAUAAAAUAGGUAAGAAAGGAA